UUUCCUGCUUCUUGCAGGGAUCUUUGCGAUUCAUAAAACAAGGUUGGUUUCACUUCAAAAGCUGUCAACGGAGGAGGAAGGAGCCAAACGUCAACAAAACGGUUUAUCUGAAUGAACCCAGUGGAAAGAUGUGCUUAUCUGUUGGUCAUCUCUGGCUCACUCGCUCACUCCUAGGGAACAUUUGAGAAUCUGUUGGAUGCAAAGAUGACUCCUCCACAUCCCUGUGCAGCUGUUCCAAACUCCACAGCCUAAUCUCGCACCCCAUCAACGUCCAACCAAUCCACAGAUCUGAAGAUCUGACCAGUCGAACCCCUCCUCACCUCCUCCCAGCCACAGUUGCCCUUUUGCCGGGCACGUGAGGUGUAAGCCAGGUGGGCACGCAGGCGAGCGAGCUUGCGAUGGCGCGGCGGGUUGCCGAGGCUAGCAGCCGCCUCCGCCGCCGUCUCCGCUCUCGUGGACUGUGAUGUCCGACUUGGGCAGCCCGGGCGAGAGCCAGUGCGGCGCUCCCAGAUUCUUCGUGGGCGGCGAGGAGGACGAUGAGAGCGAGGCCACGGACUACGGCGCCAGCAUGAGGACCGACAUGGAGCUCUACGAGGACGACGAGGAGGCAGACUCGCCUCCGGAGAGGCAGAUAGUGAUGGGGAUCUGCUGCAUGAUGAAGAAGUCCAAGUCCAAACCCAUGACGCAGAUCCUUGAGAGGCUGUGCCGCUUCGAGUACAUCACCGUGGUCAUCUUCCCAGAGGACGUCAUCCUCAACGAGCCGGUGGAGAAGUGGCCCCUCUGCGACUGCCUCAUCUCCUUCCACUCCAAAGGUUUUCCGCUGGACAAAGCUGUGAGCUAUGCCAAGCUCCGACAGCCACUACUCAUCAACGACCUCAACAUGCAGUACUACAUACAGGACCGGCGAGAGGUGUACCGUAUCCUACAGGAAGAGGGUAUCGACCUGCCGCGCUACGCCGUCCUCAACCGAGACCCAGACAAACCACAAGAAUGUAACCUGGUGGAAGGGGAGGACCAUGUGGAGGUGAAUGGGGAGAUGUUCCCCAAACCCUUCGUGGAGAAACCGGUCUCCGCCGAGGACCACAACGUCUACAUCUACUACCCCACCUCGGCCGGUGGGGGCAGCCAGAGACUCUUCCGGAAGAUCGGCAGCCGGAGCAGUGUGUACUCUCCUGAGAGCAGUGUGAGGAAAACGGGCUCCUACAUCUAUGAGGAAUUCAUGCCCACAGAUGGGACAGAUGUUAAGGUGUAUACUGUGGGGCCUGACUAUGCGCAUGCGGAGGCCCGUAAGUCCCCGGCGCUGGACGGGAAGGUGGAGCGGGACAGUGAGGGGAAGGAGAUCAGAUACCCCGUCAUGCUCACCGCCAUGGAGAAACUGGUGGCACGCAAAGUCUGCCUUGCCUUUAAGCAAACCGUGUGCGGCUUUGACCUGCUCCGAGCAAUCGGACACUCUUACGUGUGUGACGUCAACGGCUUCAGUUUCGUUAAGAACUCCAUGAAGUACUACGACGACUGUGCCAAGAUCCUGGGGAACAUUGUGAUGCGGGAGUUGGCCCCCCAGUUCCAGAUCCCCUGGUCCAUCCCCACCGAGGCAGAAGACAUCCCCAUUGUCCCCACCACCUCAGGCACCAUGAUGGAGCUGCGAUGUGUCAUCGCGAUUAUCCGGCAUGGCGAUCGCACCCCUAAACAGAAAAUGAAGAUGGAGGUCCGCAAUCCCAUGUUCUUUCAACUGUUUGAUAAGUACGGGGGCUACAAGACGGGCAAGCUAAAACUGAAGAAACCAAAACAACUUCAGGAAGUGUUGGACAUCACACGGCUGCUGCUGAUGGAUCUGCAUCAGCCGACCGACUCUGAGGUGGAGGAGAAGAAAUCCAAACUGGAACAGCUGAAGACCGUGCUGGAGAUGUAUGGCCAUUUCUCUGGGAUAAAUAGGAAAGUCCAGCUGACUUAUCUACCACAUGGGCAACCCAAGACCUCCAGCGAAGAAGAAGACUGUCGUAAGGAGGAGGCGUCUCUGCUGCUGGUGUUGAAGUGGGGAGGGGAGCUGACCCCAGCAGGCCGUGUACAGGCAGAGGAGCUGGGCAGAGCCUUCAGGUGCAUGUACCCUGGAGGACAGGGGGACUACGCUGGCUUCCCUGGAUGUGGGCUGCUAAGGCUUCAUAGCACCUAUCGCCACGACCUGAAGAUCUACGCCUCGGACGAGGGCCGCGUGCAGAUGACCGCUGCCGCCUUUGCCAAGGGUCUGCUGGCGCUGGAGGGUGAGCUGACUCCCAUCCUGGUGCAGAUGGUCAAGAGUGCCAACAUGAACGGCCUGCUGGACAACGACAUCGACUCCCUGAGCAGCUGCCAACACCGCGUCAAGGGACGCCUCCACGACAUCAUGCAGAAGGACCAGGAGUUCACAGACGAGGAGUACGACAAGUUGGCACAGCCCACGGCCAGCUGCUCUCUCGUCAACUCCAUGAAGGCGGUGGGCAACCCGGUGUCCACGUGUGACAAAGUCUACGCCCUCAUCCAGAGCCUCACCUCGCAGAUACGCAAGAGGAUGGAGGAUCCCAAGUCAGCAGACCUGCAGCUGUACCACAGUGAGACGCUGGAGUUGAUGCUGCAGCGCUGGACCAAGCUGGAGCGCGACUUCCGCAUGAAGAGCGGCCGCUACGACAUCAGCAAGAUCCCCGACAUCUACGACUGCAUCAAGUACGACGUGCAGCACAACGCCUCGCUGGGCCUGGAGAACACGCUGGAGCUCUUCACCAUGUCACGGGCGCUGGCUGACAUCGUCAUACCACAGGAGUAUGGCAUCAACAAAGUGGAGAAGCUGGACAUAGCGUAUGCCUACUGCCUCCCCCUGGUCAAGAAGAUACAGCUGGACCUGCAGAGGACACACGAAGACGAGUCCGUCAAUAAGCUACACCCUCUGUACUCCAGAGGGGUCCUAUCUCCGGGGAGGCAUGUGCGGACACGCCUGUACUUCACCAGUGAGAGCCACGUCCACUCUCUACUCAGCAUCUUCCGCUUUGGAGGCCUGCUGGACGAGGAGAAUGACCAGCAGUGGAAGAGAGCGAUGGACUACCUGAGUGCCGUGUCUGAGCUCAACUACAUGACACAGAUCGUCAUCAUGCUUUAUGAGGACAACAACAAGGACCCCUCGUCUGAGGAGCGUUUCCAUGUGGAGCUGCACUUCAGUCCCGGAGUGAAGGUGUGUGAGGAGGAGACUGCACCCAUGGGCUUCGGAUUUAGGCCUGCAUCCAGUGAAAAUGAGCAGAAACAGACGGACCCAGGCAGCCUGGAGAAUCUGUCCCGGGACGAACCGGACCGCGCCCUCCCCCUCUCAGACUCCAUCUGUACGCAGAGGAGAUCGCCCCUCAUCCGCAACCGCAAGACAGGCUCCAUGGAGGUCCUCUCUGAGACCUCCUCGUCUAAAGGGGCCAGCUAUCGCCUCUUCUCCUCCUGCUCUCGACAGUCCCCUGAGAUGAAGCAGAGCGGCUUAGGCUCCCAGUGUGCGGGUCUGUUCAGCACCACCGUGCUAGGGGGGUCCUCUAGCGCCCCCAACCUGCAGGACUACGCACGCACCCACCGCAAAAAAUUCUCCUCCGGAAGCUUGUCGUAUAAAGACGGAACACAAGAUGACUCCUAUACCCCGGAUAAACCCAUUCUGAAAUGGUCGGUCUCAGAGCCUCUGGAGGAGCACCAGGUAGCCCAGCUGCUGCGCCGCUUCUCCACCGAGCCGUGCGUGGGCCUCCCCCUGUGCCUGGACGCGGGGCUGGCCCACCACCUCCACCAGUGCUCCUACCACCUGCGCCUCUUCCGCAACUGGCUCAUCUCCGGCCAACACCCCCUAGAGUACCUCUACGGCUUCGAAGGCUGCUCCAUGGUGCCCUCCAUCUUCCCUCUGGAGACGCUGCACAACUCCCUCUCCCUCAAGCAGGUGGACCAGUUCCUCACCUCGGUGUGUGAGGCCGCCGGAGACUCCCACACCAGGACUACCAGAGCUCUGUCGGCCAUGUUUGAUGGCCACCACCAUCCUGUGGAGUCCUACAUCCCCCAGAGAGUCCUCUCCUCCUCUGUAUCACUACGGCAACGCUCUGACAGACCUCCCUGGUACAGCAGCGGUCCAUCCAGCACGGUGUCCAGCGCUGGGCCGUCCUCCCCCACCACGGCCGACACCUCCCCGCGCUUCAGCUUCAGCGAGAAGACGCCCCUGACCCCCCAGAGCAGCGAGGAGGCCCAGUCCUCAUCCGCCCAGCCCAGCCUGCACCCCACCCCCACCAGCCCCCCCGCACACACCCUCACACAGGCCACUAAUGCCGAGGCAGAGGCUCCCCACGGAGGUCCCACGGAGGGGGAAGGGGAAGGGGAAGACACCCUGGUGGAGGAGAGUGGCGAUGGAGCAGAGGAGGAAGAGGACGAAGAACCAGGGGAGGCAGAAGUGACCGAGGUCAACCCAGCUGCUGAAGAGCAGAAUACGGAGGACUGUGGGAAGGAACCGGAGAAGGAGAUGAUGGAAGAGGAAGGGGAAGACGAGCCGCUGUCCCCCGACAUGGAGUGCCCGUCCCUGGCCGGGCUGGUGCGCGGCGAGCCCCUGUGCUCCGUGCCCGGGUCUCUCCCGGUGUUGCUGGAGCUGAGGGAGAGCAGCUCGGAGGCGGGCUCCAGCACCCAGACGCCCCUCUCCCCAGAGGAGCCCCAGGAGUUCUUCGACACGCAGGAGAGCCUGGAGCCCUGGAGGAGCAGCCCCACGCCCCACGCAGCCCCGCUGCCCCACCCCCCAGGCACGCCGCUGGAGGUGGGGGGCGCGCCGCCCUACGUGCCUGAACCAUGAACACACACCUUACCCAUCUGGAUGGAUGGAUGGAUGAAUGAAAGAAAUGAUGAUGACCGAUGGAUAGGAAAAGGGAAGACCGGUGGAAUCACAGAAAAAAAGAGUGCAAAGAAAGAAAGCAUAGAGAAACAGGAAGAGUGACGAGGCGUAAGGAGAGACAAUACCUCAAUGGCAGAGGAGAGAGAGGAAGAAGUGGGUGAAUGGCAGACAGGAAAGAAAAAGAGUGAAAAAGAAGACAGGAAAAGAGAACAAAAUCAAUGAGUCACAGUCUUGAGUGUCAGAUGAUGAAAAGACAGAAUGAUUUUAACACCAUCCUUCAUCUCCUCACAGUCUCUGCGCUCCCUUGCUCUCUAGUGUCCAGUGUGGCAGCGGUUGUUGUGUCUCGUCGUCGAGUCUUGCAGUCCUGUGUGCCCUUUUAUGACAUCACAAUGGUCUCCAUAGCAACAGAGUAUGUGAGGAAAUGGCCAUGGGUGUUGCAGUCUGGUUGCCGAGUUUUGACUUGCCAGGAAGGGUGACUAUGUUGAAACCUGUGUUGUCAGCCAGGGGUCACCAAGUGGCCCUUUUAAGAAGAACUUGUUUUCCGUUCAAGUAGGAAACAAAAUUGACUGCCAUUGUUUUUGUUGUUUUGUUUUGUUUGUGUGAGUGACAUUUUGAUGCAGUCCGUCAGUUGCUGCUUGAUUAAAUCAGCUUCUCCGGGGGCAGAACGGAACAGGAGUUUGUUUGCAAGCACUUUCAGUCACACGUCAAAGGAAAAGGUCUCGAUGCUCGCUAGACCAGAACUAAAGACAAAAAAAAUCGAGUUAAAAUAGUGGCUGGCUGUUUUCAUAAAACAGAUCACCCUUUUCUGCAAUGACCACAAGAGGGUAGUGCCCCAAGACAAACCCAGCAGCUUCAGGCAAGACAAGCAGGGAGAGUGACCGUGUGACAGUGAGUGACAUAUCCCCUCCCUCAGCCUGUCCUGUCCUGUCGCUGAUCACUGACCACACCCUGAUCCGUGUCCCUGUGUGCAAGAGUUUGUGUCUUGGAGGGUAUGGAACAGAUGUUGCCUUGUAGUUAGGUGUGCUUGUGUGUAUAUGUACUGUACAUGUUUGUUACUGGUGAUUCUUGUUGUUUUUGUGUUCAGUGUGCUUCAGCAGCUCCAUAGGUGGUUGUGGGAUGCUAGUGCCACCCCAACCUCAACCCCACCCACAUGCGCUCACACAGGGAGCAAAGAAGCUAUAUGGGUGCGCUCUUUCUCUGGCUGGUUGUCUGGCUGUCCUAGCCUCUCUGCUGUCUAUCUGCAGCUCUUUCUGUUAACAUUUUUGUCCCAUGCUCUCUCUCUCUCUCGCUCUCUCUCUCUCUCUCUCUCUCUCUCUCUCUCUCUCUCUCUCUCUCUCUCUCUCUCUCUCUCUCGCUCUCUCGCUCUCUCUUUCUCUGUCCCUCUCUCGCGCUCUCUCUCUCUCUCUCUCACGCUCUCUCGCUCUCUCUCUCUCUCGCUCUCUCUCUCUCUCGCUCUCUCUCCCCUUUUCUCAGUCACUGCUGGCCUUGCCUCCCUGUAGAGGUGCAUGCUUCACUCGCUCUGUCACUGCCAGUCUCUGCCAGGCACACAUUCAGACUAAACACACACACACACACACACACACACACACACACACACACACACACACACACACACACACACACACACACACACACACACACACACACGGACACACACACGUACAAACACCCACACACGGACACACUAUAUUUAGUACUGCUUCUGCCAAAGCCUCUUCUGCCUUGCCCACCAUCAAAGCUUAUUACAAUCACCUCUGCAAAUGAGAAUUUAAAAAAAUGCACAUGUAAAGAAAAAAACUAUAUAUACACAGAAAGAAAGAUAAAUUUAUCAGCAAUUGUAAUGUUUAGAUACACAGUAUUUAUCUGCAAAUGUAAAUGGAUAUUUUUAAUGUUGAGAGAAAAAAAAGUGAGAUACUGUCACAGUAUAGGCCCAGUCCCAGGCCCAGGCCCAUGUCUAUUUUUGUAAAUGAGCAGCCAUAUUUCUAGAGGAGGGAGGUGAUUUUUUAUCAUUGGUCAAAACACCCAGAUUUGUUUUUUUCCCCUUGGGUGCUCAUAUGACAUUUCUGCUCCAUGAGAUUAUACUGAUUGAAACAUGCGUUAUCCGGAAAGAAUGUGCUUACCUGUGCUGGGCUUGUCUUGUUUUCGUGUUCCUGGUUGCUAAUUCCUUGUUAGCUAUUACAUAAAAAGUAGUAGAAAUGAAAUUACAGUACUUAAAAGUUGUUACUCCAACAUAGGACAAAAAGAUGACUGCUGCUAAAACGGCUAACACUGUACAGUAUACCCCCCACCUAGAGAGCUCUCUUCACGGUCACAUACAGAUUCAAACUGAUUUGCAAACGAGAAUUUAUCGUGUAGUACAACUAAAUGUGUUAGCACUGGGCGACAUCAGCUAAAGUGUAUUAGCCAACCUCUAUAUUUUAUUUUUAAUUAGCAUUGCUGUGCCCCGUCCUGUGUAACGUAUCUAACAGUUCACCAUUUGAAACAUGGCACCUUCUCAUCUGAGAAUCUACUUUUUAAAUUCAGUUUGAGUGAGUACAUUUGGAGUGGAGUGUAAAAGGUCAGCCUUUGACAGGAUGGACAAAAAACACCUUCAGUCUCCUGCAUGUAGAAGUUCACAUGAGUUUGGCUGAGGCCCUGAAUCAUAAGACGCACUAUAAAUGGAAAGGCACAUUUCUUUUAUUUUGUAUCUCUGAGAGACUUUCUGCUCCAAGGUGCAACCAAGGUGUACCUGUUGCUAUGUGUUGGCUGUUAGUUUUGAUUGGUGCAAUGAUUGAUUUGGAUGUUUCAAUUAAAAAAAAUGCUUUGUCUA